CAGAGACAGAGACAGAGAGAGAGGGACACGCUUCCAGAGAGAGAGAGAGAGAGAGAUACACCACGCGAGGAUGCCAGUAGAGUAAACUCUUUAUGACGGUUGGUGUCUUGGUGUGGUGGUGCAGCAGUGCAUCCUUGCGUCGAUUGCAUGCGAGAGAGACGAACAGACCAACAGACAGACAGAGGAGCGCAUGGCGUCUCGGUGAUGCUCGUGUGUUGCGGUGUGUGGCAAACGAGGUGGCGACGUGUCCCUCGACGCUCGGUGGUGAGUGUCUGUCGAGGGGUACGUCGCCGAUGGUGGGGCCACGACACACAAAAACACGAUGAUAACUGAAACAAUGGAAUGAAUCUCAAUGAAUGAAUGAAUCAGUGAAUGGAUGACCGAGAAAUGGAUCGAUGGAUGGAUCGAUGGAUGGGCGAACCAGCCACAGCCAGUCAGUCCAUCUACACAAGACAUACAUACACCUAGACCAUGUGUGCACAGACAAUAACGGCUGGCAACGGAACCCUGCAGGGUUUCAAACCCUGCAACCCCAGCGGGCAGAUCUGCGCAUCCGACUCACUCAUCAAACCGGCAAGUGCAGCGCACCCACGGGCACAAAUCGACGCGCAUUCUCACCGGGUCGAAAGAUCUCUGCCGUCGUUGCCUCUUUUGUGGUCAUCGCGCAGGUGGCUCAGACAGAGAGAAUGGCUCCCUGGCGGACGGCUUUCUCUUUCUCUCUGCCGCACCGGCUGGUGGACAACCCGCUGCUGCUGACUAUCGGCAGGUUCGACGGCCGCCACCCGUCGCUCGUGGCCGCAACCACACCCACACAGCUGCUCAUCCACUCAACCACACAGACGUACGUACUUGCGGCGCAAACAGAGCAGAAGAGGCUGUGCCUUCAUGGACUGAUUUGUUGUGUGUGUGUUUGUGUGUCUGUCUGUCUGUCUGUCAGGGCUGGAGGCGGGGUGAGUUUGUUGAACGUUGGCGAGAGCGUGACGUGUGUGGAUGCGGGGCGGCUGCACCCGACGCUGGGGCGGGACUGGUUGCUCAUCGGCACGGCACAGCAGCUGCGCGUCUAUGACGUGCAUGAGAACCAGGUCAGUCAGCCCAGCGACACCCAUACCUGCACACUAGGGGGGAAGGGGGAGAGGGAGGGAGAGAGAAACGCCCUGACACAGACACCCAGGUGUGUGUGGUUGUGGUUGUGGUUGUGGUUGUGUUUGUGUUUGUGUGGUUAGGACAUCUUCACAGUAGAGGUCUCGGAUGGCGCGAGUGUCGUCCGCUGCCUGCCCAUCGCAGGACAUCCGGCCGAGGGAGGCAAUGUGCUCGCCAUCGUCGGUAGGCCCACCUGCACACAUCCACCCACGGUGUGUUGUGUGCAGGGGUGCGUGUGCGUGUGUGUGUGCAGGUGGCAACUGCAGUGUGUUGGGUUUUGACGACACUGGUGUGGAGGUGUUCUGGACGGUCACGGGCGACACCGUCCGCACCAUGGCCGCUGGCAGGGUCACCGCCAACGACGCAAAGCCCACCAGCAAACUGCUGAUAGGCAAGCGAAGCGAACAAACUGCUGAUAGGCAAACACCAGUCCAUCCUUGUGUGUGUGCAGGAACGGACGACUACGCCAUCCGCGUGUAUGAGCGAGAGGAGGCCCUCCACGAGAUCGCCGAGACCGAGGCCGUCGCACAAGUCGUCGCCAUCCCGUCAGUGAGCCACACCUGACACCCACCAUCCUGCCCCGGAAACCAACACACCUCCCCACCCCACCGCUCGAUCGCUUUGCUUGUGAUGGAUGCAAUGCAAUGCAGCGAUUACGGCUUCGCGUACCUGCUGGACAACCACACCUAUGGCGUGUACGCCAUCGCCUCCCCCACAUCCCCCCCCACACGCGUGUGGCGGCACAAGAAGGGCGGCAGUGGCGGCGGUGGGCGUGCCGUCGUGGCCAUCUGUGUUAUGGAUGUGGACGGCGACGGGCAGAACGAACUCAUAUGCGGGUGCGUCUCAUGA